CUGUCGCAGUGGCGGCGCUGCUGUUCCGGUGCUAGUCGAGCUUGUCACGAUCGUCGCGCUACUCGAGCUCGCUCCCUGCUCGCCGCUGUUUUCACGGUCCGGACCUCCAGCUGUUGCGCCGCGCCCAGCCCGCCACUGCUGGACCGCUGCCUGGAACUCGGCCGCCGCCGCCUGCUCGUCGUACGAGCCCUGAAGCAGCGGAUUGGGUGAUGCUGGUGCUGUCGCUGUCGCCGUCGCUGUCGCCGGUACUGUCGCCGUUGUUGUCGCUGUUGCUUCCCCAGCCGAGCCUGUCCGGCCGGCCCGCCACUCACGAACAGCGUCCUGGAAAUCUGCCGCUGCUGCGCGUUCGUCGUAACUGCCCUGGAGCAGCGGAUGGGUUCCACCUCCUUCCCCAGCCGCGCCUGCCCGCCCGGCCCGCCACUCGCGGACGGCAUCCUGAAACUCGGCCGCUGCCGCCUGCUCAUCAUAGCUCCCGCGCAACAACGGGUUCUCUGCCCCAGGAUGGACCGGCGCCGCCAUCGGGACCGGCGCCGGCGCCGUCAUCGGGACUGGUGCCGGAGCCACCACCGGCCUGGGUGCCGUCACUGGCCACGCAUCAAGCGCCUUGAGCAGAUCUGAUCCAGUCUUCGCUUCCGGUGCCUGCUCCGC